ACCCGCCGCGUCCCGCUCGGCCCCGCCCCCCUCCGACUGCACCGCCGCCUAGCGGCCGCGCUAUGCAAACUCAUGUCGACUAUACAGCGUUGCCAUUCCGUACUUAUAAUUUCGCUCGACGUAAAUUUCAACCUAAACAGUUCAAUGGACUUUUCGAAAACUCUAAACGUGUCAGGGUAUCGUAAAACGUCUUGUGUUACCUGUAUAAACGUAGAUAGUGGUGUAAAACAAUUAGGUUUUGUAAAAAAUUGUGAUAUUCACUAGUGCAAGUUGCGUGUUCGUGCGUUCUAAGUCCCGUUGGGAGCUUCCACGUCUGUUUUCUGCUAAAAGGUUGUCGGUGCAGUGUGCUCGCGUAGUGAGUGUGAAUUGCGUGGUGUAGUGAGUGUAUUGAUGGGCUCGCGGAGCUAGCGGCGCCGGGCCCGGCAUGCGCGCGCGCUAGCCAUGCCAGCUGCGCGAGAGACGACAUGGCGCAGUACACACAACGGACACAGCCCAUGCACAGGCCCGGUGCAACGGAGCACGGGCACGGCGGCGGCGGGCUGGCGUACGGCGGCAAGCCGGCGGUGGUGCAGGGGACCCGCGCACCCAGCACGAAUUACGUGCAGCCUUACUCGUCGCUGCGCUUGCACCAACCCUAUGGAUCCGCUGCGCUCACGUAUGCCAGGGAUGGAUACGGCCGAGGCGGCGGCAGCGUGGGCGAGUACCGCGGCGGGAGUAGUACACCUCGUAUCUCCCUGCUGGGCAACUACCUCCCUCCCCCCGCGCCGCCAGCACACCACCCCCCGCCCGCAGACCCGCCGCCCUAUAAGAAGAUCCGCAUCACACACGACCGGUCCCAGAGUAUAUCUUCAGUCCCACAUCACCACCACCUUAGGGUCGAUACGAGGGAGCCGGUGAAUAACACGUAUAACACGGUGGAGGUGCUGUCGCCAAAUCCGCCUUCGGAGACCACUGUCGAGGACCAGAGCUUUCGCACCACCAAAGAUGAGUUAUUACAACAAAUAUCUAAGGUGGAUCGAGAGAUGGCGCUGUCGGAAUCGACGCUGGCCAAACUAAAAAAGAAGCAAGAGGAGCUGGAACAGACUGCUUCUAAGCCUGCGCAGACCGAAGAACCUGAAGAAGCGCCGCCUAGACAUCGGAGUCUUGCGCAAAACGUGUAUGCUGAUAAUAGGAAAAAGGCAUCGUCCGCGCACGGGUUACUUUCGCAUCUCGGUCCUCCAGUGUUAUACCCGCUGUACAAUCAACCACAAGACACGGAGGUAUACCACGAGAAUAUCAGGAAACACAGGGUCUUCCGUAAGCGACUCGCCGAGCACAUACGACGGCUCAAGAGCGUAGCUGAAAAGCGAGAAGACGCGUUAGCGGAGGCGUACAGCAGACGCGCAGCGGAGUGGUUACGGCGCGUCGAGCGGAUAGAACAGGGCCAGAAGAGGAAAACCAAGGACGCCAAGAACAGAGAAUUCUUUGAAAAGGUGUUCCCCGAGCUGCGCAAGCAGCGCGAGGAGCGCGAGCGCUUCAACCGGCUGGGCGCGCGCGUCAAGUCCGAGGCCGAGCUGGAGGAGAUCGCCGACGGGCUGCACGAGCAGGAGCACGAGGACAAGAAGAUGCGCUCGCUCACCGUCGUGCCGCCGCUGCUGAGGGACCCCGACGACCGCCGGCCGCGCUACAAAGACACCAACCGGCGGUGUAUGGACAUGGAGGCGGAGCACAAGCAGCUGAACAUGCGGAACGUGUGGUCGCAGGUGGAGCGCGAGGCCUUCCGCGACAAAUACCUUCAGCACCCCAAGAACUUUGGACAGAUCGCCUCCUUCCUGCCGAGAAAGAGCGUGCGGGACUGUGUUAGAUUUUACUACCUGUCGAAAAAAGCGGAGAAUUACAAGCAGCUGCUGAGAAAGCCGCGUGCGCGCCGGCCGCCGAGAGGCGUACGCGCCGCGCCCGAACCGGAGCUGCCGGCGGGAGUCACCACCAGGCUGCAGAGAUCGCAGGGUACGGGUCCGCGAGCCGUGGAGGGCAGCAAAGAGGCCGCCAUGGAGGAGGCGGCGGUGGCGGCGUCGGCGGCGCUGGGCGCUGUGCCCAGCGUGCCGGUUGCCGCCGACAGCCUCACUUGCAUCCCCGUGCCGCCGGGGCUGCCCGCCGCGCCGCACAACGUCACGUUGGAUCUCAUCCGAACGCCGCCACUUCCACCGUCGCCGCCACCCGCGUCUUCAGCGCCGCCUGCGCCUCCUACGUCCACGUCAUCAAGCAGUAUGCCGGGUAUGCUCCCGGGCAGUAUACCAACGAGUAUACCAUCGGGCAGUAUAUCGGCGGGCAGCCCUGCGCCCGCGCCUACACCGCCUGCAAGCCACCCCGAGAACGUCGGGUCGCCCGGCACAAAUACUGAUAGUAAUACGAGUACUGUGAUCAACACUGCGACGUCAAUAUCGACAACGACAAUAGCCUCGACGAUGUCGAUAACGCCUGUCGCGUCGCCCGCGCCUGCGCCCAGCCCGUCGCUGACGCCCGCCGCGUCGCCUGCGCCGGUGUCCGUGUGGGUGGCGCUGGCGUCGACGUCAGGCUCUGCGCCGCCGACGCCGCAGCCCGCGCAGCCGCCCACGCCCACGCAGCCACCGCCCACGCCUGAACCUGCGGUUAUAGAGCGGAUUGGUACACCAUCCAAUACAACAUCGACAACUCCAGCACCCGUUAGUACGCCACCUCCAGGCAACUGCGCCGUGUGCAACAUGCCUGGCGCGGCGCGAACCGUGUCGCGGUCACGGCUGGUGCACUACGGGUUGAAGGAGGACGCUGUCGGGUCCAGGGUGUGCGAAGCUUGUCAUUGCAGAUGUGUAAGAUCACGGUAUACGCGGUGUCCUGUGCCAACGUGUCCGGGACCGCGCGUGCGCGCUAAGCGGCUAAGGCAUCUGCCGCCGCGGUGGCACGAUCUCGCGAUAGAACUCAAAAGGCCUCUAAUGGAUGAAUUUCAAAUACCAAGCGAGCUAAGUAAAUGCUGUCUAGCCUGUUUCAAAAGAAUAACGAGACGAUUAGAAACAGUAGGCGACGCGGGCGCAGCGCCCGACCCCACGGAAGAGGACGUUUCGCGGUUCAGAACUUUAAUACGCGAGCACGGUACCGCGUGGGACCGUAUGUCAACCGCCAGUGGCAAAACACCGGCUAGUCUUAAAGCGUUUUACUUUACGUAUAGAAAGAAGUUUCAAUUGGACGCGUUAGUGGCGGAGAAACCGCCCUCGAAGGGCAGUGAUACGGACGAUAGUAUAUUAAGUUCUGGUGAUACGGACACGGCGUCUGCGGAGAGCCCGCGGCCGCCGCCGGUGCCCGGCCCUCGCACCGACGCCGUGGCGCCCAAGGGCCGGCGGCGGGACGAGUACGACUCCUCGGCGACGGAGACCGCCGACGAGGAGAACGACGCGCCCAGCGCCAAGAUAAUCCCGGCAAUCACCCUAACGACGCCGGUGUCCGUGGCGGGCACGCCGGCCAACUCGGCGGCGGCACCAAACGCGCCCGUCACACGCAACGGACCGCAGCUCGGCGGCUCUUCCGCCGCAGGGCCGUUGUCAGGUGUGAAUACGUCAGUAGGCGUAACGAGUGGACAAGGUACGGCGUUGACAGUGCGCGACGUGGUGCUCAACAUGAUAGAGAUCAGCCUUCUGAAAAACAACCAGGCUGUGCCACCGCCGAUCAACAAGCAACAGCCGCCCAAAGUAACCUCGUCGACGCCUCGCGAAACCCUCGCAACCCUAAGCGUAGUGAACAGCUCGCACAUAGCGACGACGUCGCCGGUGUCCCCGCACCGGCCGGCCACCAUCACCCCCCUCGCGCAGCCCGCCCCUCCCGCGCCCGACGCGGUCAAGGAGGGGGUCGUGGUCCUCAUUGAGCCCCGGCAGGAGCCCUUGUUGGAUCUCAGCGUGAAAAGACCUAGGCAUGAUAUGCAGCAGUCGCCCAUUCAUCAUAAAUCUCAAUACCGCAAUUCAACAGACUACCCCAGCUACAGACAACCCGAACGAGAAUCGCCGACGCAAUACAACUCCAAACCGAAAUCAGUUUCGGCCGCUCCCAGACCACCCUUAAAAACAACCCCCAACCCCAAAGGGUCUAUCACGCUUGGCACACCUGUAGAAAAUCGCUUCGAAGCGAGAAGAACUCCACCAGAUCCGAAAACGGGGUCCAUAACAGCUGGCACACCCGUGCACGGGUCCCAUCAUUUACCAGAAAAGAAAAAUUUCGAUUAUUAUAAAAGAAGAAGUCCAGCCAAUCCCACGUAUUACGCGGGUGUCACGAAUCAGCCGAGGCCACAGUCACCUUCGUUUUCACCGAACGCGAACGCGUACUCGCGGCCGUACGCGGUGGAGAACCGGCAGAUCAUCAUGACGGACUACAUCACGUCGCAGCAGAUGCACGGCGCGGGCCGGCGCGCGCCCCCGCCCGAGCGGCAGGCCGUGGGGGGCGCGGGGGGCGCGGCGGCCGCGGCCGACCGCGCGCCCAGUCCGCAGUACUCGCCGCAGCCCCGCAGGGACCAGCCGUCCGUCAUCCAGAGGCACGUCUACACGCACCCGCACUCGCAUCCGCCGCCAGGUCACGAGGCGUUCAAGUCGCUGGUGGACGUGGCGUCGGCGGCCACGGCGCUGCCCGUGCCGCGCGGCGCACAGCCCGACGCCAAGCAGGACGCGCUAGCGCAGAGCGGCCACGCUGCCCACCACGACAUCCGACUGCAAGACCGCAUGCAGCGUGACAUGGCGAUGAAGUACCACCAACAGCAGCAGCAGCUGCAACAGUACCACCAAAUGGACCGCGACCGUCGUGCGCAGCAGGCACACCAGGCACAUUUUGAGCGUGACAGGCAGAUCGUCAUGCAACACAACCGAGAAAGGGAGCGCGCCAUGGCGGCGCUGCAGGAGCGGCACAUCGCGCUGGAGCAGCAGCACUCGGCGCACCACCACCCGCACCUGCUGCACGAGCGGCACCACCUGCCGCACCCGCUGCCCGCGUCAGCCGCCGAGCCGCGGCUGCUGCCCGCGCCCGCGCCCGCCUACACGCAGCCCAAGCACCGCGCGCACACGCCGCACGCCGACCGCAAGGACGCCCGUCCGCCCGUGUCGACGAGCUCGGUGGCGGCGGCCGUGGCGGCGGCGGUGGCCGGCGGCGAGGCGCGGCAGCGCUCCGAGGGCACGCUCACCGCCGCCAGCCUCAUCGACGCCAUCAUCACGCACCAGAUCAGCCAGAGCAGCGAGCAGCGGUUCCCGGCACUGAUCCGCGAAGAUAGCAACACGAACAACCAGCCCGCCCCCCUCGAACGGAACGAGCGAGUGCCCGCGCACUCCGACCGCGAGAGGGAACGGGAACGCGAACGAGAGAGGGAGAGGGAAGACGCCGCGCAUACCACCAGCAUUAAGCUCGGAGAUCUCGCAUCUAAUAUCAUCACGAGGGACUUCUGCAGUCCCACUACCUCCUUGGUUCAUCAUAACAGUCGAUUCGCGGUGCCGGUGACGGAGGCGUACAGCGUGGGCGGCGUGGGCGUGGGCGACGAGUGGAAGCGCCGCGACGCGCCCAAACACGCGCCCUACCUCGAGCCCGUCUCCCCGCCGGACAACCACCCUGCCAACAGAAACAACAGCAACAGAAGAUAUAGCGGCGUGUCAGGUGUUUCCGGAUCCGGCGGGGUCCUGACCGCGUUCGACUACGUAACGCACCGCAUCGUGGAGGUGAUGAGAUCGGACACGGACGAGCGCGCUGAACGAGACCGGGACCGAGAGCGAGACCGGGUGGAACGCGCCAAGCCGCUGGCUUUCCCCACUGCCGCCUACGCCUACCCGUAUUCGGCUCUGAACGUCGCCACACCGCAAGGUGAAGGCGCCGCCCCGCCCGCGUCGGCGCCCCCGCCGCUGGCGCCCGCGCCGCCGCCGCCGCCCGAGCCGGCGCCGCUGAUGUCGGCGCAGUACGAGCCGCUGUCCGACGAGGACUGACCCCGCCCCGCCGCGCUGGCCGCCGCGCCCACCGGAUAGCACAGGCACUCCGUCAUCCGCCACACCGCCAGGUAGCACCCGCCGGCCGAGCCGGUGCGGUGCUUCGUGCAGUUCGCUCGUGGAUGAACCCUUGGACGCAGUGACUGUCGUGACCGAAACGGACUUGACGCCGAAAGGCCGUUCGCUACGGAAGCUUUCGCUCGCCACUCGGCGAUACUAUGCGGACACUAUAGUAGACGCGUCGGAAGAGUGAACAGAACAGUAAAUCGUUUUAUAAAUAAAUAAUUAUUAAAAAGUGACAAAUUUAACCUUCAAGUAUCUGUAACUCUUAAUCGAUAAUCGGUAAUGAUCGAAAGACCGGAACGAAGGAACGGCUGACACCGGCGUACAGCGUCUUUAAAAUGAAAGACGAGAAAGUGAUCUCACUAACGUGAUGCCACUUCGAUCUUAGGGCGUUACGGGCGUCGAUUCGCAUCUAAACUAAAUUCACAGAUCUAAAACCGUUUAAAUCUCUUUCUAAUUGAAGUUAAAUAUUUAUUGAUAAUACAGAAGAAAAUGCAAUUUUUAAAUCUGUUACGUUAGUUUAGAUCAAAAUUGUUAGAAUUGACACCCCACCUUGUAUAUUAAACUUAUGUAUAAAGCAGGGAAAUAAUACGUGUUGUGGGAAGCUUUAAGUGUCCGUGAGACGAAUUCUAUGGAGGAAUCUGCGUAACAAACACAGUAUAGCUACAAUACAAUACGAAGCGCUGCCUUCAUCCAUCAUUUUUGUAUACAUCACUGGGAAUCAUUUCCUUAGCUAGCACAGAAUACAAGCGAGUUUAUUAGUGCUUCUAUAGCUGAGAUAUAAACCCAUUUGACACUUUUAUUUUGUUAGCAACAAAUAAUUGCAUAAUUAAAAUUUUUACCGUAAGUAGAACUCGAAUUGCCUAUUUUAGUUUACAUUAAUAUCUAAAUACGUUUGAAAAACAAACUACGAUAAGGAAUUGUCAAAUGGAUUUAAGGUAUGCACUUGGUGAAAACGUUACGUUACGUUUGUUAACAUAAAAGCUGUUCGUCUUUUUUCUACCUUUGAUGUUAUGCGUGAUAGCUAAAUUUCUUUAAGUGAGAGAUAAAGAACCUUGCGUCUAUGUUUUGGAAUUUAGAUGUUUUUACAUAUUUUUUUUAAACAUACUUUUUUUAAACAUACUU